GAGCGCCGGCCGAUGUCGCCCCGCAGGAGGAGCUGCCGCUGCCGCUGGAGCACUUCUUGCAGAGGAUGGCCCGGAGACCCCGGCCCCAGCAGUUCUUCGGCCUCAUGGGCAAGCGGGAUGCUGGAUAUGGCCAGAUCUCUCAUAAAAGGCAUAAAACAGACUCCUUUGUUGGACUUAUGGGCAAAAGAUCUUUAAAUUCUGGAUCCUCUGAAAGGAGCAUAGCACAGAAUUACGAACGGAGGCGUAAAUGA